CCCAUCUAGUCCUGUAAUGGAGGACAUACAACAUGCAUGUUUCGGGUACUUGAGACUCGGAGGUAUAUUUACAACCGGACUAUCGGCUUUGUUCUCCUGUCUAUGCCCUAGUCCAUUAAGCUUGGCAUUUCAUUUAUUCGCCAUGUCGGUAUACGGCGUCGACCAAUUGUUACUUCCGUUUCCUUCUCCGAAACGCUUGUGGAAUGGGGCUAAACUCCUUUGGGUUGCAUCAAGUAUUCUUUUGCCAUUUAUAUGGUACGAAGGAGUGAGACAAAUGUUCUUCCCUCUUACUGUGCCAGCAUAUUAUAGAACUCCUCCCGGAAACAGGAGCGUAGAAGUCUGAGAAGGAACUCCGCCUGGAGAUCAAUUAGCAGCAUAUAUGUUACUAGUUAGC